GGUAACCGUACUCGUCGAACUCGACAAAGAGGUCGACGUGCAGCCUAACCCAUGCAUAAGCCCGCUAAGUUUCUCGUCGGAUCUUCUCAGCGGGUCGCGAUUCCGAUUCGGUGGUAGAUUCAUUCGCGAAGCAGUUGCUCUUGAGUUGUUAGGUCUCCUUCGGAGGCGCUCGGGCAGUUGUUAGCGAAUCCCACUCCUCCUGGCUGAACCCGUCUUGGUGAAACUGGAAAGGCCUCCGGGCCACCAGUAAUCCUUCAAUUAUAAAAAGAGUUCACCGUUCACCAGCAGGUGGGCCAUAUACUUGUCUACAAAUAAAACCUACAGAUUCUCAUUAUGUUAUUUUUUAUUAAUGACCAGUGAAACCUGGUCACGCUCCGGUGUGACUAUCGCUUAUCGAAUGAAAUGCACAAUUUGUUGAAACUAAUUCCGAAUUAAUUUCAUCCUAAUGAGCUUGAGUUUUUGAAAAAUUCAUUCACUAUUUUUAUGGACGUACUGAACUGUCGCGUCAGAAAAUCAUACUAGCGCCCGUUAUUAUUAGCGUAAUAUUGGAAGGUCAUAUAGAAUUCAAUAACAAGUGAAUUAAUUGGCACAGAUAACGAACUAUUAUCACGAAUAUAUAAAACAAAUGACCCGGUGUUGUUAAUUUGAGUUGUUUUACAGAAGCGUAAACAUGAAAGCGGCAGUGGCCAGCCUCGUUUUGGUUCUGGCCGUCACUUAUCUGGACGGUCAACAGUUUCGAUAUGACUAUACAUACUUCAGGGACAUCAACGGGUGGUUGAAGCUUCAGGAGAUCCCGGCUAACUGGCAGGAGGCUCGAUUGAGAUGUCAUCUUGAAGGGUCCGUUUUGGCAUCUCCUCUGGACGAUGCGUUGAAGAGCGGCAUGUUAUCUCUAAUAAAGAACAAGACUUCAUGUGGUAUAUUCACCGGCAUCCAUGCGACAUUUUCUAAAGGAGACUACCGUUCUGUUGAAGGGGUCCCAUUGGCGAAUAUUCCUCACGAUUGGGCCGAUUAUGAACCAGAUAAUGCCGGAGAUGACGAAAACUGUAUCCUCAUGAAUCCUGAUGGAAACUUCGCCGACGUUAACUGUACUGAGACGUUCCAAUACGUUUGCUAUAAGAAAAAGACUUCAACUGUUGCUAUGGCUUCUUGUGGAAGCGUUGACAGUGAAUAUGUUCUCAGCAAAGACACUGGUAAUUGUUACAAGUUCCACAAAGUUCCUCGUACCUGGUCGCGUGCCUACAUGGCCUGUUCAGCAGAAGGAGGAUACCUCACGAUUAUUAACAACGAUAAGGAAGCCGCGUUCCUAAGGGACCUUUUCGCGAAGAACCCUGCCGGUCAAAUGAUCGGAAGUUUCUGGAAAGAUGUUGCCUUCAUUGGCUUCCACGACUGGAAUGAGCACGGCGAAUGGCUAACGAUCAAUGGUGAGAGAUUACAAGAGGCCGGUUACGAGAAAUGGUCUGGUGGUGAGCCCAACAACUCCUCUAAUGGUGAAUAUUGCGGCUCGAUCUACCGCUCGGCUCUAUUCAACGACCUUUGGUGCGAAAGACCAGCACCAUUUAUCUGCGAGAAGGAACCUCGCAGCUUACUCCGAGAGCACGACGACAAAUAAAAAUGAUAGUAAUUCAGAGCUAACAUUUCCGAGUUAGUUGCAAAGAUCAAAACAAUGAAAUGAUGAUAUUUAUUGACGACAAAUUAAAUGUAUUUAAUAUUA